AUGGCAGUGGUCCAGAGAUCCAAGAAGGAAGCUAGUGAUUCGAGAUUCCUUAAAGUGACAUUGAUUAGAGACUUGGAUUCUGUUUUUGAUGGAUUGGGCUCCAUCGUUGAUGUUGCUGGUGGUAAUGGGACCGUUGCUAAGAUUAUCUGUGAAGCAUUCCCAAAGUUGAAAUGCACAGUGCUUGAUCUUCCUGUGGCUGUUUCAAACUUAACUGGAAACACCAAUUUGAGUUUUGUUUGGUGGGGACAUGCUCAAUCCAUCCCUCAUGCUGAUGCUGUUCUGAUGAAGUCAGUCUUACUCGAUUGGGAUGAUGAUGAUUGCAUAAAGAUACUUAAAAAUGCCAAGGAAGCUAUAUCAGGCAAAGGAAAUGAAGGAAAAGUGGUCAUCAUAGAUAUGGUGAUGAUUGAAAAGCAUGACCAGAAUGAAAUGCUGGAAACAAAGCUCUUACUCAACAUGAUCUUGAACGCUGAGCUUAAUUCAAAAUUGAGAUCUGAAGAAGACUGGAAGCAACUUUUCCUCAAGGCAGGCUUCACACAUUACAAGAUAUUCCCUAUAUUUGGCUUAAGUCCUUAUUGUCCUUCAUCCUUAGAUCUGCUUGGAAUCUAUAAUAACUUGUUUUACUUGUCUUAA